CUUAUAUCUUAUGAAAUAUACGGAAGAGAUACGGACUUAGAAAAAACAGAAAUGUUGUUCUUUGUGGAAGUCAUUGAUGAAAUUCUAUGUAUUUUAGCCCGCAAACUUUCUUCAAACAAAAACAGCGCCAUCUAGUAUCGAGUUCUGUAAUUAUCUCUUUGUUUAUGGAUUUGAAGUAAGACCGCCACGCAUGCAAUACAUUAUGACUGGGGAUUCCCCUAUUCGUCGACGCUGAAUAUGAGGCGACGACAAUCACUGUCAAACGUGUUCACUAUUACUCUGACUCUGGUAACGUGACUUCCUGGUAACGUGUUAGGUAGGAAAAGCAGUAAAAAAGUGCAUAUUAAGGGAGCAGAUUUGAAAUAAUAUUUAUACUUAACAAGAAAUAAUUAAAGGUUCAAUGGGGAGACCUAAAGAUUUACGCAUAUGGGAGCACUACCGUACUUUACCAAACAAGUCUGUUUCUUGCAAGCUUUGUAAUAAGGUCUACAAAUUCAGUAAUGCUGCCAAAAUGCUUCAACAUCUUAUCACUUGUCCAAAAUCUCCAGAAACAUUAAAAGACUCUAUGAAACUUAUAAAAGAUAGCUCGUCCAAAACCAAAAUGUCUGGACUGUCAGAGAUAGAGACAAAUGAUUCUUUUAUAAGCCCCUCGUCGUCUGCUAACACUACAAUAAAUGCUGAGUUUCAAGACACCGAUGAUCAUAUAAAAACAGAAUUAGCGAGAGCUAUAUUUGUAACAGGGACGCCAUUAUCGAUGGUGCAACAUCCUUUAUGGAUACAAUUUUUCGAAAAAUUGCAACCAAAAUUUAAAAUACCUUCACGUAAAGCUUUAGCGACAAAAUACUUAGAUAAAAUAUAUAGAGAAAUGCGUUUUGAGUUAAAUGAGGAACUAAAUGCUUGUAGUUACUUACACCUUCAGUGCGAUGGCUGGUCUAAUUUAAGAAAUGAAGGAAUAAUAAACUUUCUUAUAUCAAAACCUCAACCUGCAUACGUUAAAAGUUUGAAUACAGAAAGUAAUCCUCACACUAGUGAAUACCUUAGCCAAGAAGUUGAAAAAGUAAUGAAAGUGUAUGGAGCAAAUAAGUUUCUUGUACUUAUUGGCGAUAACGCUAGAAAUAUACAAAAGGCAUUCGAAUUAACAAAACUCAAAUAUCCACAUGUUGUUCCUCUCGGUUGCUGUGCACAUAUCCUUAACUUGUUGUGCCAAGAUAUUGUAAAGAUACAAGAAGUAACUGUGUUUAUUAUGCAAGCCAUAAAUAUAAUAAAAACUGUUAAAAGGAGUCAACGAUUAAGUUCCUUGUUGAUAAAAUCAAGGCAGGGUGAAGAUUCUACACAAACACUAAAAUUGCCUUGUGCUACAAGAUGGGGAAGUCAUGUUACUUCGUUAAAAAGUUUGAAAGCAAAUAAGAUAGCUUUGCAAAUAUUAACAGUUAGAGAAGAUGUGGUAAUUUCAAGAGAUAUUAAAGAUUUAAUUCUAAGUGAUGAUUUCUGGACGAAGACAGGGGAAUGUAUAAGUAUUUUGGAACCAGUCACUGAAAGCAUAUUUUACUUAGAGAGCGACCAGAAUCGUUUGCAUCGCACAUACAUUACAUUUAGAGAUGUACAAGCUAAGAUACGUUUUGCAUUAAAUGAGAUUUCGACAUUGAGCGAAGAAAGCAAACAGCAGAUUCUAACAUCAGUAUCUUCAAGAUGCAAUAUGGCAAUGAGGCCAAUACAUUUUGCAGCAUAUAUUCUAGACCCCAGGACUCUAGGAGUCGAACUUACUCAAGAGGAAGAACUUAAGGGUAUGGAGUUUAUCUACAAUUUAAGCCAACACUUAAGUUUGUCAAAUGUAAUGGCAGAUUUGGCGUGUUAUAAAGCUAAAGAAAACUUUUGGGCCAGAGGAUUUGUAUGGAGCUCAUUAGAUAGCAUUGAGCCCCUAAUAUGGUGGAAAGGUAUUUGUGGUUCCACUGAGUUAAGCAAAGUAGCGAUUCGUAUUCUAUCAGCUCCCUGUACUUCGGCAGCCACUGAGCGUUCCUUUAGUAUCCAAGGCUACAUACAUAAUAACAAAAGAAAUCGACUUACAACUGAAAGAACUGAAAAAAUUUCAUUCAUUUGUUAUAACUGGAAUCUUAAACAUAAAGCUGAAUGCGAGGACAUUCAGUUUAAUGAAGAAAAUACCUUAGAAGCUUUCAUUGAGCAAGUAAAUGAACAUAACAGUUUAGACGAAAUAGAGCCUAUCGAACCUAUACAAUUCAUCGCUUGUAAUAACUCUGAAUCUGACAGUGAUUGACUGUAGUUUUACAUUUUACUUUCAUCUCUUUCUUAAUAAACUCAAAAUCAAAUUAAAAGUUUUUUAUUCUGUAGGCUGCAUAAUAAUAUUGUCUAUGUCCAGUAUAGUGGACGUCUUGCGGCUGAGAUGACGAUGAUGAAGUACAAAAUCAUAAACACCCAAAAAUUUGGGUGUUUAUGGGGUUUAAACCCAAUAAACCCAAAACACCCGGUUUUUACCCACCAGACUUUAAACCCACCCAGGUGGAUUGCCCAU